CGUCAUACAGCCGGAAGUAGAUAAAUCUAGUUCUUUAGAUUUGUUCUUAUCGUGGCCGCUUAAGGCGACGCUAUCUAACACCGGAUGAUAACCUUAUAAAAGCAUAUUAAUUUAAAUGGAUUUAUUUUCCAAUUAUUAUUAGGGAUUAAAAUACAUCAAUGGCAAAAAAAUAAUGGAGCAUGAUCAGGGAUUUCCUACUGUCAACUCAUCUCCAGCUACUGCAGGAUGUCAUCGUCUGCCUCAGUUACCAACAAUGGGUCGUAACUUUCGAACAGCUCAAAGCAAAUCCAGUGCAAAACUGAGUAUUGAGUCAAAACCCAGAGAGGAAGCAGCUGUUUUGCAUGUAGAAGGAACUUCUAAGAUAGUGAAGAUUUUAACUGAUGGUAUUUCAGAGUUUGCUGAAUGUGAUAUUAAAGAAGCAACACACAAUGUUUCCUCUGCUGUUGAAGAUCCCAGUGUAAAUGAAAAUGUAAAAUCCACUGAAAGCAGUCCGAAAGCACAGGUACCCCUACAAAAAAAGAGAGGUCAGAAAAAAGCUGAUUCUGCUAAAUCAAAACAAGAAAUCACAUCAAAUGUAGUUAAAGCUGAAAUCUCAGGUGCAUCUGAUUUAUCCACUAAGCAACUAAAGUCGGAAGAUGUAGCUUCCAAUAAAGACUCCAAUGUUACCUCUUUGACACAAUCUCUCUUAAUGCCUCCUGCAUCUGAGAAUAAUGUUCUCACUCCUAAAGACCAAGCAAGCAGUUAUUUACUUUCUGAAGACAAGACCAAAAAAAAGAGAGAAAGCCCUUUAGAAAAGAAAAAGAGAGCAUCCAAAAUAUGUUUAUCAGACAACAAAGUUGAAGGUCCAGUCAAUGUGCAAUCUCUAAACAACAAUGUGGCACCACCAGUUGAUGAUAAGGCAAUAGCUUCACAAGAGUUGAAAGCCGAAACACCAGUAGAAAUUAAAAUAGAAUCAAGUAGCAAAGGCCACACUCCUCGGUGUGUGCUAAUCAUGCCAGCAGAGGUUCCAACAGGACCUCAGUUGGAGAAACUUAAGGCAAUGGACUCUUCUACAUAUGAUCUACAACAUCCUCCUUUGUACACAGAAGGUGAUAUGCUGUGGGCAAAAGUCAGUGGACACCCAUAUUGGCCUUGCAUGGUUGCAAAAUGUCCUUUCUCUAAAAUGUUUACUCGGAUUAAAGGAGAUGUCAGAAUAAUCCGGUCAUAUCAUGUCCAGUUUUUUGGCAAUGAAGUUGAAAGGGGUUGGGUUAAUGAACCCUCUCUUAUGUUGUUUGAAGGAAAGUUGAAAUUUUUAAAUCAGGCCCAGCUGGAGCAGCAGUGCAAAAAGGGUAGAAGUGCUUACAAUCCUUUUAAAAUAAACAUUACUAGACGGCAUGCUUGGAAUAUUGCUGUUGAUGAGGCUGAAGGUGCUAUGCCUUUAUCAAAAGCUGAAAGAAAAUUGCAAUACACUUUUGAAUACGUGUUCAUGGAUGACCUGAAAAAAGAUCAGCUCAAUAAAAAGGAGUUGAAAAAUACAGUAAAGGAAUCCAAACCCGCCAAGCGCAAGAGAACAUCCUCAGAAGGAGUAGAUUCAUCUCCGCUGCUGAAUAAAAACAAAAGAAGAAAGCUGGAAGUCAAGUUCCCUCCGAAAAGCACACCUGUAAAAGCAGAAUUUUCUUUUGAUACUUAUUAUGCCAAGCACAGAAGUACAGUGAUAGAGAAACAUCCUGAAUGGGAUACAGCUUUUGUGUUUGAAUAUUUAAGACAGCAGUGGGAAAAGGAGAAAAGAAAAUCACCAAAACUUGCAGUCCCAUCUCCUUUACCUCAGGCUUCCAUGCCUUCAACUCCUGCCACACCUUCAGAUCAAGGUGGUUUAAAAAGAACUCGAACCCCAUCAAAGCUAAUAAAAUUACUGACUGCUGAGAGUGCAGCUAAAGCAUCUCUUCUCUCUGAACAACCUGUCAAAAAUAAUGCAAGUCCUGGUCCCCCUAGGAAAAGAGGUCGUCCUUCAAAAAGUUCACUUCAAUCAGAACCAGCAAUAGCAACAUCGUCAUCACCAAGACCUUCAACUCCUGAAAUGGAAGAUGCUCCAGAUGAGGAAACUAUGUGUUCUAAAGUUGCAGCAUCUGCUCUGUCAGCACGAAAAGCCAGUCAGGAAUCAGAUUCAAGUACUGAGAGCAAAGGCAAAGGGUUGCGUGAAAAUGAGCCAUAUGAACUGGAGAUUUUUAAACUGAACACAACUUGUAAGAUAGACAAAGACAAGAUCUGUGCUAUCUGUGAGAAAAAUGGUGAUGUCAUUGAAUGCAGUAAAACAUGUGGGCAACACUUUCAUCCAGCUUGUGUCAAUGUUGAUGCUCAAGCCAUGAAUCAGUAUGUCUGCACUGAAUGCACUACUGGUAUACAUGCUUGUUUUUCCUGCAAGAAUAAAGAUAUGGAAACUGUCAAGUGUUCAGUUAAUAUGUGUAAUAAAUAUUACCAUGAAGAUUGUAUAAGAAAGUACCGUUUGACUCGCUGGGAAAAUAAAGGCUUUGUUUGUCCUUUACAUACAUGUGCCACAUGUGCUGUAGAUAAUGUAAAAAAUCCAAAAUCUAUCAAAGGUCGAUUUUUUAGGUGCAUACGUUGUCCUACAGCCUACCAUGUUGGGGAUUUCUGUAUAGCUGCUGGCAGCCAGAACCUUGCUGGGACCUACAUGUUGUGUAGUGAUCAUUUUCAGCCCAACAGGUCCCUAAGCUGUCAUUCUCGUCUGAAUAUAACUUGGUGCUUUAGUUGUAGUAAAGGAGGAACAUUACUUUGCUGUGAGACAUGCCCUGCUGCCUUCCAUGCAGAGUGUGUGAAGGUUGAGAAAACUCCAGAAGAGGCCUGGUUCUGUAUGGACUGUGCAGCUGGGAGAAAGCCUCUAUAUGGAAACAUUGUUUGGAUCAAAGUUGGGAACUACAGAUGGUGGCCAGGAGAAAUCUGUCACCCAAGACAUGUUCCUUUAAACAUUCAAGAAAAAGCACAUCAAGUUGGGGAGUUUCCUGUUAGAUUUUUUGGAUCUCAUGACUAUUAUUGGAUUCACAGAGGAAGGGUAUUUUUGUUCCAGGAAGGAGAUAAGGGCAGUAAAGAAGGUUCUUCAAGGGGAUUGUUCAAAAUUUACAUGAAAGGUGUGAAUGAAGCAACAGAAGCCUUCAAGUUGUGGACUGCAGCUAAAGCUAAAAAAGUUGAACAAGAACAGGAGCGUAGCGACAAAAAGCCUGCACCUUAUAAAUUUAUAAAGAGUAAUGUACCUAUAGGAAAUGUCCAGAUUUGCAAAGCAGAACUUUCAGAGAUUCCACGGUGUGAAUGCAAGCCAGAUCAAGAGGAUGCAUGUACCACAGACUGCCUAAACAGAAUGAUGAUGUACGAGUGCCAUCCAACUGUUUGUCCUGCAGGAGAAAAGUGCCAUAAUCAACGAUUUCAGAAGCGACAAUACCCAGAAUGUGAACCAUUUAAAAGUGAAAGUCGUGGAUGGGGUCUAAGAUGUUUAGAAGAUAUUAAAAAGGGACAGUUUGUAUUAGAAUAUGUUGGAGAUCUUAUUGAUGAAGAAGAGUGCAAGAGAAGAAUAGAACAAGCACAUGAAGAUAAUAUAACUAAUUUUUACAUGCUUACAAUGGACAAAAAUAGAAUAAUUGAUGCUGGUCCAAAGGGCAACUUUUCACGCUUCAUGAACCAUAGUUGUUGCCCCAAUCUAGAAACCCAAAAAUGGACUGUAAAUGGAGAUAUUAGAGUUGGACUUUUUGCACUUUGUGAUAUUCCUAAAGGCUCUGAGUUAACAUUCAACUACAAUCUGGAAUGUUUGGGAAAUGAAAAGAAAGCCUGUGCAUGCGGAUCUGAUAAUUGCAGUGGAUUUUUAGGUGUAAGACCCAAGACUGCAGCAGCAACUGCUAAUGAGAAGAAGGCCAAAGAACUUAAAAAGAAACGCAGAAAGAAAAAGUUGGAUCCUCGUAAGGAGCAUGAUGAUGAUUGCUUCCGUUGUGGUGAAGGUGGAGAACUUGUCAUGUGUGAUAAGGGUAACUGCCCCAAGGUGUAUCACCUUCAGUGUCUCAAGCUCACCAAACCUCCAUCAGGAAAAUGGUUAUGCCCGUGGCACCAUUGUGAUGAAUGUGGCAAAAUGGCUUCAGUAAAGUGUGUUGAAUGUCCUAACUCUUACUGCAAUGCACACUUAAUAGGGAACAUAUUCAAAGUGGAUGGAUUGGACAUUUGCUGUGACCAUACCGAUAUCAUAGAAGGCUCUGCAGAGCGCACAGAGAUAACUGGCACCAAUGGGGCAAGAUCAGAAGCAGACUCCAAUUCAAAUGAAAGUGAUGCAGCAGAAAUGGGAAAGGAUGAACCUGUGAAAGACUCAACCCCUAAGAUACAGGAUGACAAAGAAGACAGCAAUGACACUGAGAGUAAAUCCAAUGUUAAGGUUCAGGCUGGUAGAGCCACUGGAGCUAAAACAAAGAGUACUGGUAAUGAAAAGCUACUUCAGACAAAUACCAAGUUUUGCAAUGCUGAUGUUAACACUAUAGCCACGUUUGAUCAUUUACCACCAAUGCAAGCUCCUGUCAAAAAUGGUGAAUCCUCUAAGGGAAAUGUAACUCGCACUAAAGCCAGGUAUCGGGCCAGAUUGAGUCAAGCGAAAGGUGCAGUUUCUAAGACUCUAACUGCAGUAAAUAGUGGUUCAGAAGCAGCCAUGUCUUUAGUGACUAAUGAAAGUGAUGAUAAUGAUAGUAUUUCCGAUCUUGUGAUUGAUCUUCCCUAGAAAUCAAGUUACACAUUUGAAACAAAUAUCUUCUACUGAUGUAUAUUAUUUAUCAUUCAUUUGAUUUAAUGUUUUUUUUUUUAAUUAUGGAUUUAAGUACUUUGUGUAUAAAAAUUGUUUUUAUUUAUUUUUUUUAUCAAAUGCUAUUGCUACUUCUUGAGUAAUCCUCAUGGAACCUCAGGCUAGAGAUCAAAGAAAAGACUUUAAGAAUACCAAUGAAUUAGGACAUUUUAUGAUGAAUUUUUAUAACUUUUUUUUUUUUUAAUUUUUCCUUAUUUUUUUAGACUUUAAUCUUGUGAGUGGUUUUAUGUACAACUAAUAGUAAACUAAGUGGCAUUUACUCAUUUAUGUUACUGGCAAUACAAUUGUAAAACAGAGAUUAGCAUGGAUCAUGUUGAUUACCCAACUAUUCUCAUUUAAUCAGAGCAAAAGAAUGCCUUUCAAUUUCGUUGUUUAGGCUGUAUCAUGAUCUAAAGUUGAAAAAUGGUCAAUGUCUAUCCACCAGAAUAAAACAAAAGCUAGCAAUCUAAGUUGCUAAUGGAUUUUUUUUUUCUCAUUGGGCUAAUAUCUUAUUCUAAAACCAUUGUUUGGUUGCUGUGUAAACAAAAGAUAUUAUUUUAUUAUUAGACAUCAUUUCAAUGCUACAUUAGCAACAAUGUUGCUACUUCUGUGAAAAGAAGUUGGUAAUUGUAGCGCUUUCUCUUCAUUUUGCUAGGCCUCAUUUUUUGUUUUUAAUUUGUUGUAUUCUAAAUAAUAUUUAGCAUGCAUAAAAAUGGAUUCACUUUUUAAAAUGCUUCCGUUAUUUAAUUAUUUAUAUGUAUGUCAUUAAGUAUUUCGAUUUUGGGGGCUCACAAAAAGGAAGUUGUUUAUUUUUAAUUGACAAGGUAGCUUUAGGACUAAAAUCAUUUUGACAUAAUAUUCUCCACACAAAUUUUUUUUAGAAGGCUGCAGAAUAUUUCUUUAUUCCAAAAGUGUAAACAUUGGUCAUACAUGUGCAUACCGGUAUUAACUAAACUUGUCUAUUUGUUCACAAAAAAAAAAAAAAAGGAUAUAAUUUUAUUUUAAUUACAUUUUGUGCUAAUUUUUUUUUUUCAAAAGAAUAAUUUGUUACAUUUAAAAUUGUUCUAAAAAGCUACAUAAAAAGAAAAAAAAGAUAACAUUCCAAAACUCACAUUCAGUAGCUUUAAAUUUUGUUCUAUCUAAAAUCUAUUUUAAUAGCAUUUGUUUUUAAAUUAAUAAAAUUUGGAUCUUGUUGAGAAAUUAUUCUACAAAAGUUUUAGUUUAAAACUUUUUAGAAUUCUUCUUUUAUUAUAAAACUUUUUAAAGUCAAACUUUGUUCUAAGCCAUUUCAUCAACUCUUUUUUUUUUUUACAUCACAUAAACUGAAUCUAACAUGCACAUAAUUAUUCUCAUCCCUUAAAGUUACAAUUAUUCCAUGUAAAUGUCACUAUUUGUAUUGUUGUGUGGUUCUUUCUUCAAUUGUCAUUCAAAAUGUUUCAGGGCAUAAGUUUGUUGUAUGUUUGUGUAUAUACAUAUAUAUCUAUCUAAUUUUGAUCUAUAAAGAUCAGUGAAAUGGAAUGAAAUUCUAGAUCAAACUUGUCAUUCAUUCUGCUGUUGUGCAACUAAUGCUGUUUGUGCUCUUAUUGAAGUUAUGUGAUGCAAUACUGAAAUGUACCUCACCCUUGUUGCUGUUAUCUGUACAUUCUUAGGCAAAUGAUUAUGAAUGUUACCUUACCUUUCCUUAGAAAAGAAUUCCAGUUAUUAUUUUUUUUUUUGGUCAAAUUAUGAAUUGGGUAUAGGCAUUUGCUGAGAAUUUUAUUUGAAUUAUGUCUUUAAAAACUAAAAUACUUUAUUAUAUCAAAAUUAGUUCUAUUGCACUAAUGUGUCAUUUCUUUUUCUAUUUCUAGUUGUUCAUUAAGCAAUUGGAAGACUUGUUCUCAUUUUAUGAGAUUCUCCCCAGACAACUUUAAGAUUCAGUUUUCCCUCCACAAAAGGGCAAACAGUUAUGCUUUAUAACCAAAAAAUAAAAUAAACCCAUUCAACAUUAGUGAACUUUUGUUUUGUAGGUUCCUUUCUAAAAUGUAUUACUACUGCUACCACUCACACACAAAAAUAAUUUUAUUGUAAGCUCCUUCCUCAUAAAAGAGAACUACAACUCUAAAUCUGAACUUACAAUUUUUCCCUAAUUAAAAAAACAACAACCAGUUUUCAAUGUAAUUUAAAUUAAAUAUUGGUAUUUUAAAAAAAAUCAAAAGACUUGUUUUAAGGUACAAGCACAUUAUAGCAGUUAACUUUUGUCCCACACCACUCAAUAACACAAUAUCAAUGCUGAAUGGAGGAAAUUCCAAGAUGUCUCAGAUUUGGGCAACAUUUGGCCAGAGUAAUUAGAUUGUCAGUCAAGUGAGACAUAGGUUAGAUCUGGACACUAAUAAUUUCUUGAAGAUAUUUCUCCUUGGCUAAGGAAUAUUUUUUUUUUCAUAAUGGGAAACUUAUCUUUAUAUUAAGCUUUAUAACUUUACCACUUUCCUGAAGAAGAAAAGUUAGUGUGGACAAUUACAUUUUACUUGUGAAUAUUCUUUGUUAAUAUUUGUGCCAUUUUUGUGGACAUCACAAAGAGUUGUAAUUCUAAUGUUGAAACAGUCAUGUAUGUAAGUUAUUGCAGCCUGUUUUAUUGUAUAAUUACAGUAAAGAGAGUAACAUUAAAACUAAUUUCUUCCAUUUUACAUGUGUAAUUUUGUGUUUAGUUGAAUAUGCUGACUCAAUAGUUGACUAUGCAAGUUUAAUGUGCAUGAAAAGACUAACUGUAACCUUUAAUGAAUUGAAUGUAAUACAUUUCAUCAAUCAAACACAAGUUGUGUUUUUUUUUUUGUUGACAAAUUGAGCAUAUUGACAUUGUACAUAUUUGACAUUUCUUUGAUCCAAGUUAAAAGAAAUAAAUUUGAAAUAGCCUUUCUCA